AAGGAUCCUAUCGCAAUUGACGUUCUGUCCGGCCGAGCAUUAAAAAAAGAUGCGCAUCCAUGACAUUUAGGAUCACCGCGCUAGCAGCCCAUCUUGCACCGCGCUCUUCGCUUUCGCCAACAUCUCCAAUACCCCUGCCCCUGAGUCCUGGCGGAGUACCAACCAUGCCUUUCCAGCAACGAAGCUUCCAGCCACCAGUGUCAUGUUCCAGCAGGUAUCUCUAAUUCACUUGUCAGGAUUUUUUCCAAUGACUUUCACAAGCGUAGGUGGUGCGUUUCCGGUUGGGAAACCUAUUUUCGGUGCUACCUUACCUAGGGACUGCCACAAUGGCUCCCAUCCGUCUUCAACGCCCCAUUCGAGAAAGCGUUCUUCCGGGACGAGCCCAUGCGCCAUUGUGCAGUGUUCGCGGUAUGCCUUUCAAGCCCUAGCAAGGCAACCUCAAGUCUCGUCGCGGAACCACAGCUGUAGGAUGGUGUGCCUAGCGGAGACUUACUCAUGUCCCAUUGGCUUGGAAGUCACCGUGAAAGAACUUCGGCAUCAUGUUGCGAUGUACAACCCGCUUCGACCACUACAGGCCCGCCGAGAGCCACGAGCCGAGGUAGAACCACCACUCCCUUCUGUUCGCCCUCAUGGUCGCAUUGAAACUCUUCUACCAUGCACACACAUUGCUUCUUCUGUUAAAAAUAAUCUUUGUAUCUGGGUAUGCAGCUGCGAGCUCUGCAGCAAAGGACCCCCACGGCAUGUCAGCUAGAGCGUGUAUUCCUUUCCAGUAUCAUUUGGCCUCACGAACUGUGCCG